AGCGACCCCUUGGCAGACCGACGCCCACGCACCCCGCCCACGCCACGCCCACGCCGCUUGGCGCAGGGCCCGCCCCUCCCAGUCACCCGACGGUCAUUCACCCGACGCCCAAGCACCUCACGCCCACCGCGGGCGGCCCGGCCAAGCACCAGCACCCCGUCCACAGCCAGACACCGCUGUCCAGCAAGCGCCCCCUGGAGGAGGCCGAGCCCUCGUGUCGCGCGCCCAAGCUCCUGCGGCCGGAGGCGCCCCCGCAGCUGGUCUGAGGCCAAGCCCCCAGGAGCCCUCCGAACCCUCGCUUCCCGGCCCGUCGCCGAGCCGCCCUUCGCCGCCCAUCCACUCGUCCUCGCCGGGCACGUCCCCGCCGGGCCCCGCCACGCCCAAGGAGGAGCUCGUGACGUCCGAGGACAACGCGUCGCCGGACCGUCCCUCCACUUCCUCCACGCAGGAGGAGAAGGACAUGUGGAGACCCUGGUGAGGCGUCCCCUCCAGGCAGCUCCUCAGAACACGUCCCUCUCCCGCUGGACGCGCGUCCGAAAGUGCCUUCGUCUUACCUCGUCUUCCGCACCGUCCAAAAAAAGUGCCUGAACAGAGCGAGACUUUCGUCCGAAUCUCCAGGAAGAAAAUGGUCGCUCCCUCCGGCCGGGGGUCGAAGCCGCUCCUGUUCCUCUCCUUUUGCCAACCGAAAGCAAAGCAGAAACGGCCGUCUGUUCCUAAUUUCAUCCCGUCACCGGUUACUCUGACACAAGUUCCAAUUACAUUAUAAUAAUGCGAGGAAAAAAGCGAAAUAUGCUGCAGAGAUCAAGAGAAACUACACACCAGAAAUCAGACAGGUCCUGUGAAUUAGGAUCAUAUACGAAAAACAGAUUUUUUUCACACACAAGCCCAGUGCCAAUUGCCGUGUACUUAAGUCUUAAGUUGUUACUUCCGAGUGUCUUUUAUAUAUAUAAAACGAAAAUGGAUAAAACAAAAAUAUAAUAUAGAUUUAAAUAGUUGUAUAUAGCCCUUAGUGAACUGCGUAGUACAAAUGUACCUUCAGUAUUCAUUGUAGACAAUAGAUAUGUUAAGCAGUUGCUGAUAGAUACCUUAGUUGGCUUGCAAGCCAACGUACUGUUAUUUCUGUGAUAUUUUAAGAAGCAAAGUCUCUAAAUGCCA